CAUCUGUCGUUUGACAUUGACAUUUUAUAUUUCAAUCAAAAAGUGUGUUGUGUGUUGGAUUUUUGUUUACUGUUUUUAUUAUUUCUUACUAAAAUGCCGAUAUAAACCGCAAAGUAAUUAAAUUAUUAUUUACUCACCGUCCAGCCCAUCCUUCCAACGAAGAACUCCGAUAUUCAGAUAACAUGGAGAGUCCUAUAGAGGAAGAAAUAGACAGUCAAGAGUCAGACGAAGAAUUUGCGUUUGAAACAGACCAUUUAGCUUUACGGAGGAACAAGGAUUACAGUAAAUUGUUAAAGUACAUAGUUAAGCUAGAAGCGCAAAAAAUACAAGCACUGAAAGACAUUGAAGACUUAGCGGAGGCCCAGAAUCAAGCUUUAGAGGAUCCUGUAAGUUUCAUAAACAAAUUAAAAGCAGGGAGCAUAAAUUUUCCACCUCGGCAAACCAUUGCAAACCUGCCAAAUAUAAAUUGGGCUGAAUAUGGAAUUGAUACCAUUGACAAUGAUGAUAUAAAAGACACAAAACAAAAUAAAGAUGAUUUAGACACACAAACGAAAGUACGAGGCAGGAAGUUUACAGACAAUAAACCUGAAACCUUUAACCAGUUAUGGUCUUGUGAAGAACAGAAGAGAUUGGAAGAACUGUUAGAAAUUUACCCUGAGGAAGCUAUAGAGGCGAGGCGAUAUAAGAAAAUAGCACAAGCACUCGGGACCAGAACUCCUAUACAAGUCAUGAGCAGGAUACAGAAAUAUUUUGCUAAACUAGCAAAGGCAGGUUUGCCUAUACCUGGACGGCCUCCAAAAGGCAUAUCACGGGAUAAGAAUAGGUCAAUAUAUUAUAAAAAGUCAACUUUCUUCCCACAACUCCAUAUCCCAGUUAAUAUGGAAGAUUCUUAUGACAACAUAGAGCCACCUGAAAACUUCAUGCCUUUCGACAUGAAGAAUGACGGCAAACAUAUGUUAGAUCUCCUUAAAACAGCAAGAGAACAAAGGGUGCUGGAUGAAACAACACCUGUGUACCAACAUACAACCAUGUGUGUUGGAUGUCAAAAAACAGGCUUCCUCGGAGCAAGAUGGACAGAUAAUACUGGCACUGAUUAUUGUACUGAUUGUGUUGUUAGGCUUUUGCCUAUGGAAAAACUUAUACCAGUUCGGCAACCAAUGUAAAAUCAAAUAAAUCAUAUUUGUUAUGUUG